GUUUUUUUAGGCCGUCACUCUGCAGCGGGAGCUUAGCGUGUGUAGACAGCAAGCGCCAGUGGGUGGUGACGGCGAGUCUGCAUUUUUCUAUAAACGAGUGCCCUCUAGGAGUCGGAGCACAAAGCGUCAGUGGUGAAUGUCAGGUAAUAAGAUCGAGCCAGCGAUGGAAAGACAGCACGGGAGAGGGAGAGAGGCAGAAGACGGCAAACCAAAAAUCGAAGAUCCACAGGAUACGGCAAGCAGUGGUGUAGGGUGCUGUGGCAUCAUUUUGAUAUUCCUCUCCUUUAUCUUCGUCCUUGUGACUUUUCCAUUAUCAAUAUGGCUCUGUAUAAAGAUUGUAAAAGAAUACGAGAGGGCUGUCAUCUUUCGACUUGGACGUAUUGGAAAAGGUGGAGCAAAAGGACCAGGUAUAUUUUGGAUCCUUCCAUGCACUGACAGCUUUCGCCGUGUUGACCUGAGAACUGUAUCAUUCAAUAUCCCACCUCAGGAGGUAUUAACCAGAGACUCUGUUACCAUCAUGGUGGAUGCUGUUGUGUACUAUCGUGUAUUCAAUCCUACAGUAGCCAUCACAAAGGUGGAGAAUGCAGAUAUGGCUACACGCAUGCUUGCACAGACGACUCUGAGGAACAUGCUGGGGACAAAGAACCUUUCUGAAAUCCUCACAGACCGUGAAGAGAUGGCAGAUCAGAUGGAGCAUAUACUGUAUGAUGCCUCAAAGGAAUGGGGAAUAAAAGUUGAGAGAGUCGAGCUGAAGGAUGUCAAACUCCCUGAAGCUUUGCAAAGAGCGAUGGCAGCCGAGGCUGAAGCAUCCCGAGAUGCCAGAGCAAAGGUGAUCGCAGCAGAAGGUGAAAUGAAUGCAUCCCGUGCCUUAAAAGAGGCUGCUAUGGUAAUGGCCGACGCACCUUCGUCCCUGCAGCUCCGCUACCUGCAGACUUUAACGGAGAUAGCCUCAGAAAGGAAUUCCACCAUUGUGUUCCCAAUUCCCAUUGACUUCAUGGCAUCCUUUAUGAAAAAUAAAUGAGAGCGAAAUCUGCAUCAGCGAUUAAUCUGGAACUACGAAUAUUGAGAUUAAACAUGUGAAUAAAGAUUUACUGUAUAAAGAGUUCUUUUUAAGUAAAUUCUGUAAUGUGUAAAAGAGCAUCAGCUCUAUUCAGGUUAGUAAAACUAUAAGAAAAGCUAUUGCAUUAAAAAAAAAAGGACAUAAUGGAUAUAAUAGGCUUUCUUUGUUUAGGGUUCUUGGUUUGAACAAUACCAGUCUAUCAGCGAACUAAAAAUGUAUUAAAGCCAGAAAAGUGACAUUACGUGGUAGUUUACGUCUGGCACACGUGUUAGCAUUAAGUUUGUACGGGCCAUUUGGAUUAUUUCCGCAACAGCUGUCUUGUUUUCACAGGUUUUCGAAAAGAUUAGCAAGCCCCAUUGGCGUAGUAGGCAGUAUAGGAUGACAAAAGGUGGCAGAUCACCUGAUGGUGAGAAGGAUGAGGGGGUUUUGGAGGAAGGGGUGAUUCGAUAGUGAAGUCAAUAGUGAGAGAAGUAGCUAACUGGGAUUGGUUGGAUGAUCUUAAAUAAUGGAAGAAGAUCUGUUUUCCACUUCAAAAAUAAAAAUCUGCUCUGUGUAAGUAUACUUUACAAUGGCUUUGCGUGCUUGCACCCAAUUUUUACUGUCUUAGACGCAAUUUCAGAUUAUCAGUGGUGUCUUUAACAUGUGCCUUCUGCUGUGGCUCACCCAUAGCCAUUGCAUAGACAUUUAGGUCUUUAAGCAUAUUCAUUAAUUUUCCAACCAGGUCAUGGGGGCAACAGUCGUAGUACUGUGGCCCAUAUGUCCUUUUCCCCAGCCAUACUUGUCAACUCAUACUGUGGCUAUCCAAAGGUGUUCUCAUGCCAUCUGGGAGAAUUACCUCAAUUGGUGGAGGGUCAGUGGCUCUACUCCAAGCCUGUCUCCGAUGUCUGUGCUUCUCAUCUAUAAGGUAGAGCCCAGCCACCUUGCAGAGAAACCUCAGUUCGGCCGUUUGUACUCUGUUGAAGUAACCCUCGAGGAAGACAGGAAUAGUUCAAUCAAUUAGUCCUUAUUCAGUCACCGGUGAGUACAUAGGAUUCAUGCGUUUCAAGGCAGAAGAGCGCAGAUUUCCCUUUUUCUUCCCAACCUCUUCCACUUACUUCUCAAAAAUCAUAUCGUUUACCUAAGCAUUUCAUCUUAUAUUGUACAAAUCGGCAAACCGUUUCUGUUUUAUGCACGUGUCAGAUGGAGCCCAAAAGAAGGAUAGAUCAUCUGUCCUGUGUCUAACAGACGCGUUCCUAAAAAGGAAGUUGUCCUCAGUCAGCUUACUGCACCCUGUCUUAUGACAGACGCCUGUAUGUACAACCUGCCGUUAGAGAAAAACAGCUUUAUCAGCUUUUAACCCUUAGUAGUUUUCAAGCAGUUAAAUUUUCUUUCACAACUUGCAAUCUCAUUUUUUUACUCAUUACCAGAAGCUCUUGACCAUAGGUGAGGGUAGUGACAUAGAUCAACUGAUAAAUCGAGAGCUUUGACUUCUGACUCAUUUUUUAGGUGAAGCUCUGUAGAACUUAGACACCAAGUAGUGUGGUAGAUAGUUCGACUUUAGGGACUUCAAAAACUCGAUUUGAUGCUUUUUGGAAAAGCUAAGCGGAUAGGACUGGCGAACUUUGUUGGGUUGAAUGGCCUGUUCUAGUCCAGAUUGUUCUAAUGUUCUAACAUUAGAAAAAUUGUAAUGUGAAAAAGCCAUUCAGCCCAACCAGCUGGUCUGUCUUAGUCACCUAAAUUGUCCAAAAUAACAUCCGGUUCCCUAAAGCCUUACUCUUCACCACACUACUUGGUAAUUUACUCCAUGUGUCUAUGCUUCUUUGUGUCUUCAUUAACUGAUCACCAUUACGUACUCAUACAGUCUGCCUUUCCUGUUCAGAAUCUUGGACAAGAUGCAGUUCUAUCGCAGGUCUCUUUUCACUGUGCCACCACUCCAUACUUCAUAUACGAUCCUUAAAUUCAAAUGUCAGGGUUCCCAUCCUAAGUAACUAGAUAAGCCCUAACUCAGACUUUGUUCAUCCAACAACGUAUCGUGCACAGCGUAUUACAGCCUCCCGUGGCUCUAGUGGCCUCCUUUCUGCUUAUUCCUUAUAUACAGUAGGUAUCAUACUACCAGGGUUCAUAGUGACCCCAAAUACUAAACUGAUUUUUUUCUAAAUGAGAGAAGGCUUUUUAGACAAGUGUACUUGCAUACAUUUUCCAGUAGGAUGUGGCAAGGAGCCUGAGCUGGUUCUGGGUAAAGAAAGCUUAAGGCACGCUGAAAUGGAUGAUUGUCUAUCUUGGAGCACCAUCAUUCACACACAGCCAUUCUACCUUGCAAGGCCUUCUUACGUCACACUCUUUCACACUUGGACCAGUCCAUCUGCAGCGGGUCGUUCAGCUGUGGAAAGACACUUGUUGGAUCAUAUGGAGAGCCAUAACUGGAGAUACUGAGCUGAGGUUCCGGGCACCAUCAAGUCACCCUCUAAUUGCAUGCAUUAUCAAAGUUCUUUAAUGUAGUUCAAAAUGAUGAGGUGCCAGAACUUAUCCUGGCAGCAGUGGAUUUCAUUCAGGAAUCCACACUGAAUGGAGCAACAGCCUUUAUGUGAAACAUUUUGGUAAUGCAGGUCUCACGUAAUUUUUAUAUUCUUGUUAUGUUAACUGAAUUGCACUGAGCCAUCAAAUUCAUAAGAACCACAAGCAGGGAGCCAUCUGUAAUAAGUGGCCAUUAUGGAUGUGCUAAUUAAAGUGAAUGACAACGUGGAUGAAGAAGGAAUGUUUAUUUUUUUAUUUUUAUAGUUAUUGAUUUAUUUUCAAUUAGUAUUGUAUCCUUUCAUUUUCAAAUAAUAUGCCAUUGCUAAUUCUGAAAGUCAAAUAAUUCUUGUGUGUUCAUUCACUCUAUGCCAUAUAUUAUGAAAGAGUUUGCCUUUAUAUGAGUAUUCUGUAUUUAGGCAUUUUAAAGAACACAAAGUGCUUGUUUGUAUUGUUAGGACUAAUAGUUGUGAAUUGUAAAUAUCUUGUUAAUUUAAAAAUCAAUCGGUGGUGACAUAUUAUGAAUGUUUCAGUAACAAAUAUGAACUACAAUAGAGUUAAAUGAACAUAUUUCAUAACCUCUGGGAUUUUAAUACUCUAUAUAGAAGUUUGAAUGUUUAUUUUUUAGUUUUUUAAAUGAAUUACUUUCUUUUAUUACUAUGUGUAUUGAAAAUGUAUUUUAUUUUUUUUGGCAGACAUCAAAUUGUUUUUCUUUUCUAAUUUUCUUUUCUAAAUUUCAUGUAUUUUUUUUUCUUUGCAUGCUAUUAAAAGAAAAUGAAGUAAAUGAAAAUGUGAUUUCAAAAUAAAAUCUAUUACGGUAAUUGGUAUAGUAAAUCAAGAAUGAACAAAGAAGGAGAAGUCCCAUCCAGCUCCUUGAACAUUGAAAUGAGAUUUAUCUAUAAAUUUUAAACUGUAA